CACACCGCAAAGUUGAUUGUUUAAGUAUAGAGCAGGUGUGUGUGUGCGUGUGUGUGUUGGUGAUGUCGAACGGGGAGCGCGUGGUUCUGGCGCUCGGUGGAGCGGGCACUGUGGGCUCCGGGCUGGUGAAGGCGCUUUUGGACAGAGGUUUUAAGGUUGCCGUGAUCUCCAGAGACAAGACUAAACUAGACAAGCUCAGAAACUUUGUUUCACCCUCCACCAAAGGCAAUCUCACAACUCUGGUAGGAAAUGUUGGUUCAGAGGAACAAGCUGAAGAGGUGAAGCAAACCCUUUUGAAGUCAGUGGGGAAGAUUACAGAUGUGGUGUCGUCGCUGGGCUUUAGCUGGUGGCAAGGGGGGCCGCCACACACUCAGCCUCUCAAAGAGCUCAUCUGGGUUAUGGAGACACUUCUGUUCAGCACAUUUGUAUCAUGGAAAACUUUCUUCCCCCUUGUUAAAGAUGAUCCGAAUUGCACAUACACAUUUAUUACAGGGGGCGCUGGGGAUCAGCUGCUGAUGCCAGGCACAGGAUUCUUGACGGUGGGCUCAGCCAGCACUCUGGCAUUUUGUCAGAUUUUGCGAGAAGAAUACCCAGAUAUUCCCUGCAAAUUUAAUCAGGUGAAGAUCAACACAGGAGUUGGUACUCCAGACCACAUGGGCCCUGGGUACCUAAAUCACGUGGAGUUAGGUGAGGCCGUGACUACACUGGUGGAAAAGAAGAAUAAAUCUCACACUAUCUACAACAUAAACUGCCCUGCCGACCUAAAAACUGUCAUCCUGUAAUGAUAAGUGGGAUCAGCAGGCUCCAUCUAUAUCUGAGCAAUGCCAUAAACAGAAAUGCAGCAUGUUGGUUUUAGUUAGCAUCCAUUUAUCAUAGUCUUUUUUUACUUCACAUGUCAAUAAAUACCCAAAGCUUCAUCCUCAAUGCUUUUCCAUAGUGUGUAGGUAGGACUAACACAAUGCACAGUAGAACCGCACAGUUUCAAAAAACACACUUUGUUUAAAAAAAUAGCAAUGUGACUCAGGAAGCAUAGAGCCAGACUACUUAGUAAUGUGACAAUGAAAGAGAAGAAAUAUCUUGGACUGUGCUCCAGCUUUAUAGUUAAAUCCGUGCUUCAGGUUGAUGGAAGCUUGUUAAGACUGGAGGAGGGAUCUGAUCUCCCUGGCGUGACUUCCUGCCCUGCUCACAAAUAUCCUUCAGUCUACAUCUGUUCUGCUUGUGUGGUUCUAGUUAUCCUGUGUUACAUUGCCUGAAAAUAAACUAAGAUGUGAGACUAGAAUGUUAAAGUGGCCCAAAAAAGAAGGCCUCAUAGAAGUUAGAUGUUUGUUUGUUUGUUUGCUUACUGUCAUAGUGUAAUUUACACAUUUGCUUGAAUAUGUAUUUGUCAUUCCAAUAAAAAUAAUUUUAACUCAUAAAA